UUCUAUUUGAGAACACAGGAUAUUUUCUAAUUUUCAUACUGGAAAAUAAAAUGUUUUGUAUUUCUACACCGUUUUAAAAGCACUUGGUGUUGUAUUUGAGCAAGAUAAGAGGUAUGGAAGUGUUGUUUAUGUUUUAAAACACGUCUUUAUACACGUCUUUGUGCUAAAUUCAGUGAAAUCAACAAAAUAGUUGAUCAAAAUGUGAUCUUUUAUAAUUUGCACAAGUGUUGGGAUGCUGUCGGAGUGCGUAGGACGUGUGACUACAGAACCAUAUUUCCGGUAACGAUGAACUUCAAAUAGAAUGAUUUCAAGAAAGUGAAAUAAUCAUGGAUUUAGAAGAAUCGAAAAAGCGAUCAACCUAUUCGGUAAUAUACUAAUAUAUUGAUAAGAAGUUUUUUGGACUGGUUACACAUUUGAUGUAUAUAUCGACAUAAGAUAUUUUAUAUUGAUAUGAUUUGAAGGGUACUUCACCGUGCACCCAAGUAAUGCAAAUAUUUAAUGGCAUGUUUUGGAUGUAAUUUGGUAAUUCAGCAUGGUACAUCAUGUUUUUUGACUGCAUAUGUUUUCUGUGAUUAUACUUGGGUUUGGGAAAGUGUUUAGACUGUCCCCUUCAACAGUAUUGUUAAUUGGAAACUUAGUGAAUAAUUUUCUUUGUUGCCUAAUGAUUUUGUGUUCUAAUCACUACCGUAGGAAGCCAUUUUAUAUUGGGGGGCUGAUGCUAUGCCUAUGCUAUAUUACUUUAUUUUUCAGUUGAAAUGGAAAACAGCCUUCUUAAAAUCAUUUUGAUUUGUGUGUGGGAUCACUAUCACAGAAUCACAGACUUUGUUCUAGCACUAAACGCCUGCCCAGUGGCGUGCUGGCAGGGGGGGCCGGGGGGCCACGGCCCCCCCUGCUGGCAAUUCUUGGGGGGCGCAAAAAUGAAGAGGGGGCGCCGUCCUGUGCGGAAUUUUGAAAGUGGGUGGGAAAAAACGCAUUUGAAAAAAUAUAGUUACUUUCGUCAAGAAGUAUAUAUUUAUAUAGGCUUAUAAACAGAUCGAGACUAAGCGCAUAGACGACAAAGAGAUCUAUUAAAUUACAGACUAUUUGGUCUAACCGUAUUGGCUAAUUUGCUAUACUUCACAGCUCACACAAAAUCGUUGAUAUAGAAACAUGAUCAGUGAUCACACACAAUGUCUCAUUACCGGAAUAUUGGUCAGGUUUCGAAGCGAUCACGGGAAUUAUGUCUUUUUUGCUGGUAUUAUGCCCUUAUAUUAUGAAGGUAUUAUGCUUCACGAAUCACGAGAGCGGCGCAAAUUAGAUAGUUAUGAUAAUGUAAGUUGUGUACGCAAUUUAGUUGUUUGUGCAAGAAACAUCAUGACUCAUGAGUAAUGUAAGUGAUAAGAUAAUGCUAAAACGCGCCCUUUUGGCAGUCAAAGUGCAUAUGCGUAGGGUCCGUGUGUUAUUGUAUAAAAGAGCUGUAUGUUGUAAAUGUAUUCAGAUCACGAGAUCAGUAGAGAAUAGAAUUGGGAUUAGAUUAAUCGCUGGAACUGAGUUAGCAUUGCCCAAUUUAAGUACUACUACUAAAUUCUAACCAAAUUGCAAAUUUCAACACGUUAUAAUGCCGUUUCCUGACCAUCAGAUUUCUGUCAAACCUUCCCCUCAAAGUCCAGGAAAUGGCAUUUCAGAGACCCUAAAUUCAAAAAUUUUCCGAGGGGGCAUGCCCCCAGACCCCCCUAGAGAAACCUCGCACAUGCGGCGCUCGGCUCGUGCCUUCGACACUCGUUUAUCAAGCGUUACAAUAUAGGGGCGCAUAUUAGUUGAAAGCCCACUGGCCCCCCCAGAAAAUUAGUACCCAGCACGCCACUGCGCCUGCCACAUGUACACACAGGCUAACUUUGUUCAAGAAUUGGAACUAGCAAAUGGGGUAGAAAGUUGAUUACAAUGUUGCAGAAACUUACUUUGCUUUAAUUUCAAAAAGCUAAAAAUUAAGAUAUUAAAUAUGUCUAUAUAUUGCUUACAUUAUACAUUUCACUUUUAUUUUAUAUUUAACAUGAUUUCAGACAACAAUGGAAACAACUUUUGGUGCAAAUUCAGCACCUACAGGGGUCCGUGCAAGAGGAAGAAGCUUUCAAGAUGGAGAAUUUCACUCUCCACCAGGCUCAGAAAAGGUUUGGGCCAGUGACUUUGUAACUCACCUAAAACCUAACUAGCAUAAUGUUUCCGUAGAAGCCCAUGCAUUACUUCUUAAUGCUGUAUUUACUGAUGGAACAAACCAGAAGAAAACCCAAAGAAUUUGGGAGAGUCAGACCACCAUCCAAUUAAGGGGCCAUGUCCGUAUUCAUGUUGCCGCAAAUAACAUAGAAUCGACGUUAUUUCUUCACCCACCCACCCACUCCAGAUAAAGUCGAUCGAUAUUCAGUCAUAUUUUAACUUUCAUAUACUUUGGACAUUAUAAUUGUCAAAUUGCCACAAGAUAACAUCGAUAAGUUCACAUAAAAACCGACCCACUCAUAACGUUGAUUGGACGUUAUUUGUGGCAACAUGAAUAUGGAUGUGACCCCUAAUAUGUAUUUUGUUAGUUUUUAUCCAUUAACUAAAAACAAAUAAAAAGUAUUUUCAAUGGUCUUCUCUUGUUUUCCUCUUGGUACAUAUAGAACCGACAGUCAUUCACUGAAGAUUCAAUGUGGCGUCCAAGACGACAUUCCAAUGUGUCAGCAUGCUCAUCUUAUCCGUCACUAACAAGCAAUCUUAGUAAUUCUGACAGUGAUAAAGGACACAAGGUAUUGAAAUUUUAAUGACGGUUGAUUUCUUGAGUUUUACACCUCUCAUUUAUGAUACUGGAACUCAACUGGAGCAAUUUCUCUGCCCUUUGCUGAGCUCAAUAUCUUUUUUAGCAGGAGAUUGUUGUCUUUGCUGACAAGCCAUCUGAGAAAUUAUUUUGUAUGAUAUGUUCAGAUGUGUUUCAUGAUCCUGUUAUUACAUCAUGUGGAGUAAGUAUCGUAAAAAGUCAUAAAUCUAUUAAUUGUUCAUUGUAUGUUUUGAACAGUUUAGAAGUAUGUUCUGCGUCUAGUCUAGAAGGUCAAGAUUAUAAACAUAUAAACAACAUUCACUGUCAAGAUCAUGCAUGUACAUAUUUACAGCUUGUUUGAUGAGCACUUUAUCAUUUUUUAGCACUCGUUCUGUCGAAGCUGUGUUUUACUGCGCAAGUUGGAGCAUUGUCCUGUAGAUAACAGCAGCUUGGUUGUUGUUGUUUCAAACUUGGCGGUAAGACAAGCUGAAAUCUUUGUUAAUGCUUUGUGCAAGAGUUUGAAGCCUGAUUUAUACUAGGAUCAUCCAUCAAGACACACCAUCUGUCUGGCAGAUGAUCCCAGCAGCUUAAUACAAACACACCAAUACAGAACAUCUAUCUGGAUCAAUUUGGAAACUUAAUAUACUGUAGUUCAUCUGAUUAUUUGUUUGUGUUAAACAUUGGCAAGCAAACUUAUUAUAAGUGAUCGAGUUAUCAUCAUCUAUCAAGUGUUGUGGUCACCACGCUUGCCUUUCAUGCUGGAAAAUGAAAUGUUUUGUAUUUCUACACCAUUUUAAAAGCACUUGAUUUUGUAUUUGAGUGGAAUACUACUGCGUUCAAUCCUUGGUUGGACCUCUACUCAAGGUCUUAAUAUAAUUGAGGAGAACGUGCCACCCCAUACAUCAGUAACUGGUUAUAGACUUUCACAUCUUUCCCUGUUGGGAAAUCUGCUCAUUGUGUGAGCAACUCAAUAAAUUAAACUACACUAAGAUUUCCAAGUAGACACUACAUUUGCAGUAUAAAUCAAGCAAUGUGUUUCCUCACAUCCAGGUGUUAGAACAGAUUGGUGAGCUUCUUGUACACUGUAAAUAUGGAUGCAUGCCUUCUGCCACUGAGGAAGGAAAAUAUGAAGUCAAUUCUGCAGGUAAAAAGCUGAAACCUGAAGACUUAACAAAGCAAACUGACUGUACAUUACAAUGAUUUUAAAAUAACUGUCAAUAUUUUUCAGGCUGCCCUGUCAAAGUCAAAUUAAAUUCAAGACAGUAAGUGUCACUAUACAAAUAUAAUUUACUCUAUGAUGUUCUCCCAUAAGUGAAAGUCAGGAUUAAGUUUUAAUCAAUUUCUUUCAUAGUGAACAUGAGCAGACUUGUCAAUAUGCUCCAAUGCAAUGUCCCAACAGCAUUCUUUGUCCAGCUGUUCUGAAAAUGGUAUGUUUUAAUUUUCUGUGAGAACUGUAAUCUUUGCAAAGUAAUUAAAUGUAACUAAUGACAUUGCAUAUUUAAAGUGACUUUCAUGCAUUAAAUGUGUUUUAAUUAGAAUCUUGAUGAACACUUGGAACAGUGUGAGCACAUCAAGUGCAUGCAUUUUAAAUAUGGGUAAGAUAUCAAACAUUAUAUACAGUAACCCACAUGAAACGAGGUCAUUAGGGCGAACUUGCAAUAAAUGUUGAGGUGUAUUCUCUGAAUCUCUGUUCAAUUUAUAGAUAAAUGACAUGAACACAAGCUUUCUCAAUCUUGUACCCAGACUCUUUUCUCUAUACUUGUUUAGAUGUCAGUUCGAAGGGACAGAUACAGAAGUCAAAGAACAUUUAAAUACGUGCAAGUUUGAACCAAUGAAGGAAUUUCUCCAACAUUCAGCAGAUCAAAUUGAAGAAUUACAAACCGAAUUAAAAAACAAGGAUCAGGUGUGAAGCUGCACUUACUCUGUUUCUACUGCAUAACUCUAAUUCUCCCUCUAAUUACAAUAGCACUAAACUGUUCUAAUGUAAAAUGCUUUUAAUUUCAGGAAAUGACGUUUCUCAGAUCAAUGUUGGUGAAAAUGACAGAAAGAAUUGAACGUGUGGAGAAAACUGUCGACAUUCGACUGGGUAAGAACAAUCACGAACAAAUAGAAACAGCGAUGAUGUAAUUUCUAAUUGACUUCUGUUCGUGUUUUUCUUACACAUUUUUACAGAUUUUCUUGACGAAGGCCACACAAAACUAUCUUCAGAAAUCAUGGAAACAAGACGAGCCAUGACGAAACUAAAGGUAUAGUAUGACGACUGGAACGUUGCCUCCAUAACGUGGAACACAUUCAAGAAAACACGAAAAUAAUUUCAAAACAGUUUAAAAUUAAAAUUUAAAGAUGAAUUCGCACGAAUAUUUCGAAGUGGUUUUGAACAACGAGGCAGUUAUGAAUUACAUAUUUUGAGGGAAAUUUGUAACUACAGUAGGAGGGAUUAAUAAGUGUAAGGUGUCGAAACUUUUUUUUUAAAAGUGAUACAUAACAUUUUUCACUUUAAAGGAUGACAUUUCUGAUGUUGAAGUGAGAUUAUGGGGAGCUGGGUGUAAGUCAUUCGCAUAUUUCUUGAAAAUUUUUAAUUGUACACCCCUAUUCGUCUGCAUGAAAAUAAUCAAUUCACUCACAAUGACGUCCGUUUCCAGCAUUCGACAUUUAUCCGUUGUUCAAAUGCCGAGGGACGUUUGUUGGCCAUCAGGUUAGUGGAAUUCACAUAUAUCGUCAAUGAAUACUGUGAUAAUCACGUACUUGCGAGACGAAUUCACAGAGAGCUUUACCUGCACUACAGCGUACAGGUUUCUCCACAGUUGUGAGUGGGGCAGGUAAAACAGGUUUUUGAACAGGCUUUUUACCGCAAAAAAAGUAAAAAAGCUUAAAAAGUUAUUUAAUUACUCCGUAGUCAGUACUGCACUGUCUAUUUAUUUAUGUACGGCAAAUUUUACCGGUUACCGCCUGAUAAGCAGAACUCUGGUACUAACUAGAAUAUCGUGAUCUACCACUGGCAAUUUUCAUGACGUCUAUUUCACUUUUUAAAAUUUAUUUUAGGGCCCGAUAUGGGCAUUGUGUGUCUCCAAUGGCGAAUGGCUGUACAGUGGAUCGUCUGACAAAACAAUUAAGGCGAGUGAAAAGAGAUUGUUUAGUGUUUACACUAUCGAAGUUUCUGUGAUCACAGUAGGAAUUUUGCAUAUGUAAAUUCUAAGUUUUGAAGUUCUUACAAAUCCUUCAAAACUUACAAACCUAUGCAAAAUUUCCACUGUGAUCACAGAAACUUUGAUAAUGUAAAGCAGUGUUUAAGUGUGAAAGGAAAGUGCCUGACCAGGAAUUGUUUCAUUUGCCUGUAGGUCUGGGAUACUCAAAGUACGUACAACUGUGUGAAAACAAUGGACGGGCAUGCGGGCAUCGUGUUAACGUUAUGUUCUGACGGGUAAGAUCUUCAGAGCAAUGAGUUAAUUCAGAGUAAAGAACUUACUUUCUGCAUAUAACACAUCUUGACGGUUUCUUGUAGAAAACGGUUGUACAGCGGAUCAUCUGAUUGCACAAUAAACGUAAGUUUUCUUAACCUUUCUUUUCCUUUUGAUAUUUUUGCGUCCAUAUAUACGCGUGUACUACUAGAAUACACAUAUUUCAGUUCUAACUUUUUUUUUCAGAUUUGGGAUUGUUCCACCCUGGAAUUUGUUGACAAGAUUCGAGGUCAUGUGAACCCAGUGUGCACUUUAGUGACGAAGAAAAAUAUGUUGUUUAGUGGAUCCUUGAAGAAGAUUAAGGUUUGUUUCAGCCUAGACCCAGGCCUUCUACUUUUAAUUGCAGCGCUUUUUCACAUUCAGAGAGGACUUCCGUUCGCAUGUGACGUCAUACUUACCAAAUGCUAGCCCAAAAUUGACCAAACCUGUGAAAACCAGCCGAGUAAAAGUGCUAUAGGUUUAGACUGGGUUUGUUUGAUCUUGGCAUAGCUCUUUAUUUUUUCGGCUUAAUGUGUCAUGAACAGCAAAAUGAAUGCAGAAUGUAUGCGAGUCUAUCAUUCCAAUAAUCAUUGAUCCUUGUACUCGUGUGCUAAGUGUGUGAUUUGUCUAGGUAUGGGAUUUGGAAACACUCAAACAAAUGAACGAGUUAACUGAACUUAAUCACUGGGUACGAGCAUUGGUUGCGUCCGAGAAUUAUUUGUACAGCGGAUCAUAUCAAACAAUCAAGGUAGCAACACUUGCAUUCUACGUAGUGGUUCAAGAACAUAUACUAAACUAAUUUUAACUCUACUGGAUAACUCUAUCAGUUAUACACUGGUCUUCCUAGAAGACCAAUAUUAAGGACCAUCCCUUAGUGUGCAGGGUUACUGCAGACGGAAUGCCCGCUAAAAAUCUCAAGUGGCGUCAAUCUCGAACCAUUCAUGCCGCUGACAAGAAAUUAUAAUCACUACACGGCAAGAAAACACUGAGCCCGCUGCUCAACAGGAUUGAACAAUGUUUUGCUGCCCACGUUGUUCACACUUGUCAACAAUAUUGAACAAUAUUGUUGAGCCUGAAUCGGGUGUAACAGUAUUGUUCAAUAUUGUUGACAACUGUGAACAAUGUGGGCAGCAAAGCAUUGUUCAAUCCUGUUUUCAUCAGUACUGCAUCAAUCUGAGCGUUUUUACGCGUGUAGACAACUUUAUAUUGGGAAUCAUCUGAAGACGCCACUAUUCCUCUUCAUCAGUUUAUGGCGAAAUUUGAAAUGUGACAUCUUUGCACGCACAUAUUCAAGUAAAUACGCCAGGAUAAGAAUCGUAUACGACUAGUCGUAUCGUGUAAACAGUCCUUAAAGAAAUUUAGAUUUUACUUUUCCAUUUCCUAUACCCUCAGAAAAUCAUACGCACUUGAAUGUGUAUGGACGAUUCUUAUUCUUUUGUUUAGAUUUGGGACUUGAACACUCUGGAAUGUGUUCAUGUUCUCGAAGCCACGGGUGGUAGCGUGUAUUCAUUGGCUGUCACUAAAGAACACAUCAUUUGUGGCACUUAUGAAAACUCCAUUAUAGUAAGUGUGCAUACCCGUUAUGACAACACAGCUCCUCAGGUGCUUGUUCUUUUACUUCGGUCUUUUAUUUCUAGGUUUGGGAUCUCAACAAUUACAAGCUGCUGACGACAUUAAACGGUAAGGCAUCGCGAAUGACGGCGAUUAUAAAACCUCGAUCAAACGAGGAUGAGAGCUGCAACUCUCGCUCGUGUUUAACUUUAAACUCUCAUCAACUCUCAUUCUGGUUUAACCGGUGCUUGAACUUUCUGAUUUUCAUUUUAGGUCAUGUUGGAACAGUUUACGCUUUGACAGUGCUGAGUUCGCCUGGGCAAACAAGACUUUUCAGCGCGUCAUAUGACCGCUCUUUGAGGGUAAGCCGGGGUUUGAUGUCUGCAAUAUGCACUUGCUCUUUAUAAUUUCUCACAGUGCGAGAAGAGUGCUUUCUAUUUUCACUCUACAAAGCACGACAGGUUUUCUCCAACAAAGUUAUUUUAUUUCCUAAUCAACUUUUUCAGGUCUGGAAUUUAGAAAGUUUGGCUUGUGUCCAGACGUUAUUACGUCAUCAAGGAAGUGUGUCGGCGCUUGCAGUGUCGAAAGGAAGGAUAUUCUCAGGAGCUAUGGACAGUACGGUCAAGGCAAGUAUCUGUGAAAACAUUGUGAAAACGUCGCAGUUUUUUUCCGGGGACUCCAGUAUAAAUAAAGUUAGCUUGGUUUAGGUUUGUUCUUGCAAUGGUAAAUAUUAAACCCAUGUAAGACAGUCCUUACUGGACCACCAGUAAGUUUAGAACUGAUGGAGCUAUCCAGUGUAAAUAAAGUUAAGUUUUAGUUUAAUACUCAGGUAUUUAAAUGUAUUAUCAUAAUUUUCUCUUAUUUUCAAUUCAGGUAUGGCAGUGUUAGCAGGGUUUACCAAGAUCUGUGCAUAUGUUCUGGACCAGUGGCGUGCUGGCUCCUGCCAGCUGAAAAUUUGGCGCCCACCGUUAUAUAAUUCCCAACAUUUGUGUCGAGGGGAGAGGGAAAUUUUCCAAACAUCCUUUAUAAGACCGUUCCUGCACCCAUUUGUCCGAUUUUUAAGUCGAAUUGACAAUAUUAAAUCUUGGUUUCAUUUCAUGCAGUUAAGGCACCCCCUAUUCCCCUAAAAUCCUGCUUUUGCCCCCCCCCCCCUAAAAUCCCUCACCUCCUGCCAGCACGCCACUGUUGUGUAGAAUUCUAGGAGAUACAGUAUCGUGACAAAGUACCCUGAUUCAGUAGCCAACGUCCAGAUUCCAUGCAGAACUCCGGCAUUUAUAAAGUUCAGCAGAAGUAACUGGUUUUGACGUGUGAUACAGUCAACGAAAGUCGGGCAUUUUUAAUCCCUUCUCUAAUGGAUACACAGGGAUAAAAUUCCGAAUUGGUGUUUACUUAAUGAAAUUCAGUUAUUGUAAAAUUUACCUAAAAAUUCUAAGAGUAACGUUGUGCAUUGACAAAACAGUUUUAAUUAACUAAAAAUGUGUAAAUAGGUAGAAUUUGAAAAAUAAACAAGAUAUA